CCACUCGGCCCUCGCCCCCUGCCCUGCGUGCGUGCGGCUGCGCUGCUGCCGUCGGCCGGUUGUCCGGCGAUUGCCGGCGCCCCUGCUUUCGUGGCCUCACUCCGAUUUAUAAGAUUUCUUGAAAAAUGAAGAGGGUUGGAGACAUUGUUUCUCUUUUCCAGAGAGAAGCUAUGAAAAUAGGGAAGAAGAAGGCGGAGAAUAUGUCAGAUGUGGCUGAAGAGCAAACCACCGAAGUCGUGUGUAAGCCGAUUGUGAUUGAAGAGCAAAGUGAAGAACCAAUAUUGUCUAUGUCGAAUGUGACCAUAGAGCAAACUGAAGAUGUGUCACUGCCGUCGCCACCGGUUUAUGAUUUUAGUCAUCUUAAACAUGAUCCUGGGGAAAGGCUACCCAUUGCAAGUUAUCCUGUCAAUGAUCAAGAUGCAGUUCGAAGAGCAUAUAUCCUUAAAAAGCCAUUCAAACCUUAUGCACACAACUUUUAAAAAAGAACAAUUGGGAGUAGAGAACGUUCAUUCAAUCCUUUGUGGCUUCAUAAUCAUAGUUGGCUUGAAUAUAGUAUCAAGAAGGAAUCUGUAUUUUGCUUUGUAUGUUACUUGUUCAAAGAGAAAAAAACUAGUGGUAAGGGUACUAAUGCAUUUACUGAUGGUGGUUGGAGUAAUUGGAAUAGAGAGGAUGCUCUUCUUAAGCAUGUUGGUUGCGUAACAAGUGUGCACAAUGCAGCUCAAGAGAGAUAUAGUUAUUUGUGAAUCCUCGUGCAGCAAUUGAUGAUCUUUAUGUGAAGGUAAAUAGUGAGGAUCUACGCCUUUACAAGAUGAGGUUGAAGUAUUCACUUAGAUGCUUGCAGUUUCUUCUUCAUCAAGGAUUGGCAUUUCGUGGGCAUGAUGAAAGUGAACAGUCUAGCAAUAGAGGAAACUUCCUUGAGCUAUUGAAGUGGCUUGCAACAAAUAGUGAGGAGGCGAAUAAGUAUGUUUUGAAGAAUGCACCAGGUAACUGCAAAUUGACUUCUCAUCAGAUACAACAUCAGCUUAUUCAAUGUUGUGCAGUACUUACUAGAAAGCAAAUUAUUAAUCAACUUGGUGAUGAGCACUAUGCUAUUCUAGCUAAUGAGUCUAGUGAUGUAUCACAUAAAGAACAACUAGCUUUGUGCUUGCAUUUUGUUGAUAAAGUAGGAAGGUCGUGUGAGCACUUUCUUGGAGUUGUUCAUGUAAGUGACACUACUUCAUUGUCACUUAAGGAAGCAAUUGCAACUUUACUUACUGAUCAUGGUUUGACUAUAACUGAAAUUCGUGGGCAAGGAUAUGAUGGGGCUAGUAAUAUGAGAGGGGAAAUUAAAUGACUGAAAACAUUGAUCAUGAAAGAGUCACCUUCUGCCUAUUAUAUUCAUUGUUUUGCACAUCAACUCCAGCUAGUUCUUGUUGCUGUUGCCAAGGGAAAUGAUGAUUGUGUGUGGUUUUUUGAUCGAGUGUCUUUAUUACUGAAUGUUGUUGGAGUGUCUUGUAAGCGUCAUGACAUGCUUCGAGAUGCUAGACUUCACAAUAUCAUGAAACUACUUGAAUGUGGUGAGUUACAAACUGGGAGUGAUUUGAAUCAAGAGAUGGGGUUGCCUAGGCCCGGUGAUACUCGGUGGGGCUCUCAUUACAAAACUGUUCUCAACAUUAUUGCUAUGUAUCCGACAAUCCGUGGUGUGCUCAUAACUCUUGGACAAGAUGCUUCACAAAGAAGUGAUUGGCCCAAAAUUCAUACUAUUGUUGGAGUGUUUGAGUCAUUUGACUUUAUUUUCAAUGCACACUUGAUGCUUGUCAUUCUUGGAUACACAAGUGAUUUGUCUGAUUGUUUGCAAAGAAGAGACCAAGAUAUUCUUACUGCAAUGGCACUAGUUAAAACUGCAAAAGGUAGAAUACAAGAAUUUAGGUCUAAUGGGUGGGAGGCAUUUCUGCAAAAGGUCACACUAUUUUGUAACAAGCAUGGCAUUCAAGUUCCUAUAAUGGAAGAUAAUUAUGUGCCUUAUGGAAGAUCAACACAGUUUGCUCGACCCCAAACAAAUGAUGAUCACUUUAGAAGAGAAGUUUUUCUUGGAGUCAUUGAUCAAGUUAGUCAAGAGCUUGAAAAUCGGUUUGAUGAGAUCAAUAUGGAAUUGCUAUCUUGUAUGUCUGCUUUGAAUCCCGCCAACUCAUUUGCUGCUUUUGAUGCACAAAAGGUAUGCAAACUUGCUUCUAAAAUUUGUAUUGCUUUCAAAAUUUCUAUUGAAUCUCUUCAACUCAUUUGUUUCUUUUGAUGCACACUAGGUACGAAGACUUGCUGAUUUUUAUCCCAAAGACUUUUCAAGUGCCGACUUGAUACACCUUGAACUACAACUUGAUAACUAUAUUGAUGGCAUGAGAAAUGAUGAGAACUUCCAAGGCCUUGGAAAUCUUGUUGAUCUCUCGGUUAAGCUUGUUCAAAGAGGGAGACACAUAGUUCAUCAUUUGGUGUACUUGCUUUUAAAAUUGGUAUUGAUUCUACCGGUGGCAACGGCAAAUGUUGAGAGAGCAUUUUCUGCCAUGACUAUAGUCAAGAGCAAGUUGAGAAAUAAGAUGGGUGAUAGUCUUUUGGAUGAUUGCCUAGUUACACACAUUGAGAGGGAUGCUUUCUCCAAAGUGAAUGAAGAUGACAUAAUUGAUACCUUCAUGGCAAUGCAAAAGCGUAGGCCAGAAACAUAGUCUUUUUGAACUUCUCAAGGUAUGUACUAUGGUCAGUGUUUCUAUUUGAUACCUUCAUGGCAGCCAUGUACUAUUUACUAUGUACGCUUCUUUAUGCAAAAUUGAGAUUGAAUUGUGAAUUUUAGUGUGUUCAUAAGACCAUAUUGAUAUAUUUCUUUGUCCUAUU